AUGAAUAACAGAGUUGAACCUGAUGAAUCUGUUGAAGUUAACUCCAAUACAACACGAUUACGAGCGAUAUAUGAACAUUUUCAAAAGCGAAAAUUAAUUUGGAUAAUAUUUUUCAUUGUUUUAAUUGUUGUAAUUAUACUUGUUUCAACAAUUACUGCUACAAUGAAAAAAACAAAGAGGGAAAAACCAUCAACAACAACAACAACAGAGGAAUCAACUAUGGAAGGAAUAAUAACAAGUGAAUUGUUAACAACAACAAAUGAACAAUUCGAUUCUUCUGUUAUGAUUGAUAAUAAUACAAAAUGGAAACAGAAUGCAUCUACUGUUGCUGGAGGAAAUAUGCCGGGAAGUGGUAUAAAUCAAUUAAAUGGUCCUCAGGGUAUUUAUAUUGAUAAUGAUGAUCAAAGUAUUUAUAUUGCUGACACUGGCAACUAUCGUAUUGUUAGAUGGAAAUUAGGAGCAAACAAUGGCGAAAUGGUUGCAGGUGGAAAUGGACCUGGACCUGAAACAAAUCAAUUGAGUAUGCCAGUUGAUGUACUUCUUGAUAAACACAAGAAAUAUCUCAUCAUUUGUGAUGCGCUGAUCAACCAACGAGUAAUGCGAUGGUAUCGUCAAAAUAAUCCGGAUCCGGAAAUAUUGAUAUCUCAUAUUGCUUGUUGGGGUUUAGCAAUAGAUAAUAAUGGAGAUCUUUAUAUUUCUGACCAGGGAAAACAUCAAGUCAUACGUUGGCGAGAAGGAGAUAAAGAAGGUACAGUUGUAGCAGGUGGACAUGAACCUGGAAAUCGCUUUGAUCAACUUACUCAACCUAUGUAUAUCUUCGUCGAUAAAUAUCAUUCAGUUUACAUAGCAGAUUCUAUGAACAAUCGUGUGAUGAAAUGGAAAAAAAAUGCAACCGAAGGCAGUCUUGUUGCACCAGGACAAGUUUCUAACGUAAAUCCCAAUUCACUAGUUCAACCCAUAAGUGUGAUUGUUGAUCAGAUGGGUAAUGCUUAUGUGUCGACGUUCGGAAAUUUUCAAAUAAUGCGUUGGUCGCCAGAUGCAACAGCAGGUGUUCCUGUCGCUGGUGAGAAAAUAGAGGUAUCGGGGCCCACGCAGUUUCUAAUGCCAAAUGAUUUAUCAUUUGAUCGUCACGGUAAUCUUUAUGUUGUUGAUAUGGCUCACGGUCGAAUACAAAAAUUCGAUAUUGAUCGUGGCUGA